GCCACGCAUGCGCCUCACUAUUGUUUGUUGUUCAAAUCCGUUGAUGUUUUGAUAUCGGAGACAAAUUCGGAUCGCUGAUGGAAGGAAGGACAGAGGGACGGAGGCGAGGAGAGAAGGAAGGAAGAAAGGGAGGGAGGAAAGACUGAUUAAAGACUUACGAUAUAAAAUCCGGACUUUUGCUUAAAGAAAGACGAUUAAUGACUUCACCGGAAUUUCAAAUAAAGGACUAGACCAGAUUGCGCACACGCAUAUACACACAGAAUUUUCAAAAAUUUACGCUGGAUGAUUUAUAGAAAGAAAGACUGUUUUUCGAAAAUUAAAUUUUAUAUGAGACGAAAUAUUGAAAAAUAUGUAAAGAUUGUUCAAGACUGAAGUGUAUAUAGCAAGCUUUAUUAAUGAUUAACCGAAGCCGGACUUUUUAUACGAAGGGGAACGGUUAAAGACAGAACCGGGCUUUGACAUAAAGGAAUAUGUUUAAUGGCCAGAGCGAGCAAGGCCAAACUGGACUUCAGUGUAAAAGGAGGCGUUAGAGGCCAUGCUGUAGUGGUCGAAAAUAGGACAAGGACAAGCUGGAGUUUUACAUUAAAGGAAAUCGGUUCCAGGCUAGAGAAAACUACGCCGGACAGGUCACUGAUAAGAACAAAACAAGACCGGACAAGCUAUAGACUUGGCCGGACUAGCUAAAAACUGGACAAGGCAGGGAGACGUUAGACAUCAAAGAAGUACUGGCCGGACUGGUUACAGAUCAGAACAAGAUUUAAGCUGGAGUUUUACACUAAAGGAAGGCCGGUCAAGACCAAGCCGGACAAGCUAUAUACUAGGACAAAGCCAGGCCGGACAAGCUAAAGACCAGAUACAGCCAGUGACACGUUAGAAAUUAUAGAAGGCAAGGCCGGAUGGCUUAAAGACCAGGCUGGAAUCUUACAUUAAAGGAAGCCGGUUCAAGAGGAGAGAAAACCGGGCCGAACAGGUUAUUGACCAGGGGUAGGUCAGACUGGAGUUUUAUGUGGAGGUAGUCUUUAAGGAUCAAACAAGGACAGACCGGACUGGCUGAAAAUCAAGUAGAGCCAUACUGGACUUUUACAUAAAUAAAAUUCACGUAUGACCGGGUGAGACGAGGCCGGACUUCAGCAUAAAGGAAAGUGGUUGACGAUCAGAAAAGACCAAACCGACCAGGACAAGACCAAGCCGGAGUUUCAUGUAAAGGACAGCAGUUGAAAGACCAGGUAAAGCCAGGAUGGAAUUUUACGUUAAAGGAGGGCGAUUCGAGUCCAGACUAAGUCAGAGCCAGACUGGACUUUUACAUAAGUAAAAUUCACGUAUGACCGGGCGAGACGAGGCCGGACUUCAGCAUAAAGGAAAGUUGUUGACGAUCAGAAAAAGACCAAACCGACCAGGACAAGACCAAGCCGGAGUUUCAUGUAAAGGACGGUAGUUCAAAGGCCAGGCUGGAAUUUUACGUUGAAGGAGGGCGAUUCGAGUCCAGACUAAGUCAGGGCCAGACUGGACUUUGGUCUUUUGUGAAGAAAGAGAGGAUGCGAAGGAGAGAUGGACUGCGACAUCAAAUCUGAAAACUAUAGUAUUAGCAAUAACAACAACAACAACAACAACAGUAAUAAUAGCAAUAAUGGUAACAUUGAUAUUAUUAUUAAUAAGAACGAUGACGACGACGACGAUAACAAACAUGUUAUUCACAUUGAAGACGACUCUCCGACCGCGACCACCACAGUUAAUUCCGUCGAAGACAACCUCGUCGAUACCAAAGGCAGUGCAAACAACAGCAGCAGCAGUGCAUCAAACGUCACAACAAACACCGCGACCAACAACAGCAGCAGCAGUGAGCUCCGCCGUCAACACUAUCUCCUCCAGGAGCAGCGUUAUCGCCAUCUACAGCAACAGAGACAACAACAGCGCCACGUGAACAGCCGCAGCAUCAACAUCACAUCAUCGUCGUCAUCGUCACCAUCGUUGUCAUCAUCGUUAAACUCGUCGUCGUCCUCGUCCACCACCACCGCCUCCUCCUCCUCCUCCUCCUCCAACACCACCACUUCCACCACAAAUACUAUCACCACUACCACCCCCACCACUCACAACAACUACAGGAACAACAACAAACAUGUCGAUAAAACGUUCGGUUUGUUGAAGUGUGACUCCGAAUGUGUGCCGCAAGAGAAGCUGGUGGAGUUUUUGGCCAGCAAGCCGAAAUUCAACCAGGCUGUCAUGAUUAGGAAAGGCAGGCAAAUUAUGCGGAAAGAUUUGGUAGGCAUCGAAGAAGGACCCAACGGAUUUCUUACAGAUAUAUUCCAUCCUGUGUUUGCAAUCACGCCUUCCAGGAGGUGCAUUGUCGUGAAAGAGGACCUCUUGUGCAACGGCGAAGGAAGCUGUCGACGAAAAUGUGGCGGAAUCGGGGACUGCAUUAUUGAUUGUCCAAAGAAGACCGAACGGGCCAAGAUGGGCCACCGCUGCUCCUUCAAAGUUCUCCUCACUAUGCAUUCCGACC